GGCGAAAAAACCAACACCACUCAAAAGAGUCAUUCUUCGGGAGAGAGAGGAAAGGAAACAAAACCGCCUGCUGGAGGAGAGAGACCCGGCCCAAGUGGCCACCGAGGCUGGAGAAAAGGAAACUAGUAAUAGUGAGAAUCCUUCUGAAACAAGCCACGCUGACCAUGACCAACAUCUUCACACAGAUGACAACCCUGAACUCGUUGGUACUAAGGAGUCAGAGAGUGGCCAGCCUGGUUCACCGUCUCAUCACAAGUUGGAUGACAGCAUGUCAGAAAAUGCAACACUAAAAUCCUGGAAUCCUAAUUCCAUUCCCAACCUUCCUAAAAUCCACAGCAGGAAGUUCAGAGACUACUGCAACCAAGUGCUUAGAAAAGAUGUAGAUGAAUGUGUGAGCAGCUUACUGAAGGAGCUGGUGAGGUUUCAGGAUCGUCUUUAUCAGAAAGACCCCAUGAAGGCCAGGAUGAAGCGCAGGCUGGUCAUGGGCCUACGAGAGGUGCUGAAACACCUCAAACUCAGGAAGGUCAAGUGUGUUAUCAUCUCGCCCAACUGUGAACGUAUUCAGUCCAAAGGCGGUCUAGACGAGGCUCUUCACACUAUUAUCGACACAUGCCGGGAUCAAGGCAUCCCGUUUGUGUUUGCCUUGUCAAGGAAGGCGCUGGGCCGCUGUGUUAAUAAAGCUGUGCCUGUUAGCUUGGUGGGCAUUUUUAACUAUGAUGGCGCACAGGACCAAUAUCACAAAAUGAUUGAGUUAUCGGCUGAGGCCAGGAAGGCCUAUGAGGUGAUGAUUGCAAAUCCGGAGGCUGAAUCACAGGAAGAACAGGAGGAGCAACGGGAGGUGGAGCCGUCAGGAGAACCUUCUGGAACUGAAGAGCCAGAGUACAUGAAAAUCUGGAAGAAAAUGCUUGAGAAAGAUUACAACCACCCUUUCCUAAAUUUUGAGGACCAGUUUUCAUCCAUUUCUAUUUGUUCAGAGCAGCUGCUAGAUGACCAUGAAGGAGGAAGUUGAUGGAAGUACAUCGACGAAUGAGACAAAAUGCCUGUUUUUGUUUGUUUUGCAGAGCUGAGGUCACGCUUCUGUGACACGGAAACGGAUCACUACAGAAUUUCCAACCCCGCGUGAGCCUUUAGCACCCUGUGAAAAAUGUCAGGAAUAGCUUGAAGUACCAAAUGUGCCUGUCUAGAGGAUUUUAUGAAAUAAUGUAAAGAGGCAACACAGGUGAAAAUAGAGAACAGCCCUUGACUAAAAAUAUUUUCUUAUAGAUAUCACAUACUUAGUUUGAUGUUUCCACAGUCCGAAUAGUGAAUAUUUUUGAAAAUAGCUAUUAUCCCUCUAUUUCUAUUCAAAUAAGUGUAAUAGUUUGAUAAAAUGACAGAAACAAUCUGAAUCAUUUAAUUUAUGUACAUGUUUACAUUUGUAAAUCAAAUGUAUUUUUCUUCUCCAGUUGGAUGCACAAUUUUACUGAUCAUGACCACUGUGUUUGCAGCCCACGUGUCGUCAUUAUCGGCAGGGUCUAGUUAAUUCUGAAGGCUCAUAAAGUGAAUGAUUGUUGUGACCAUGAGCUGUUUGUGGGAAUACAUCACUUACCUAAAUCCUAGACCUCACUUUUAAUUUAUAAUUCUCCUCUGGCUGUUCCUCAACACUAGCUAAACCAUUAAUACUGAGUGCUCGAGGUGCUUCUCCUUAAAAUUCUCAGUGUUAGUUUAGCUCUAUGCCUUUAUGCUGUUGACUGCAGUUAAUAGGGAAUGUGUGUUAUGCACUUGUGUAGUACUCAGUGGUCUAUGGCAUAUGUAGCAUAGAGCUAACAAUUCAAAACUUCACUUAGCAGUAACGAAUCAUUUUCACAUAUAAACCAUUUUACCUGCUUCUAUGUAUUUUCAGAAUGUUGACUUUGGGACCAAAAACAACUGUGAUUGUGAAGGUUUUGGAAUUUUCUCUAGUAUUUGCAAUAAAUGAUCUUAUUCUUGAAAGACCAUUAUAAAUGAAUAGAAAUCAGUAAUGAAUCUGCAGUGCUUAAAAGGGAUAGUUCACCAAAGUGAAAAUUCUGUCAUCAUUUACUGACCCUCCAGUUGUUCUU